AUGGAUCGAGACUUCCACCAACUUGUUUGUGAGUUUGAUGGUACAAGAGAUAAUAGUGAGUGGGCGAGAUUCAAGAAGGAUGGGUUUCCUCUUUAUCCCGACUUGUGCAUUCUAUUUGGUGAUACAUAUGCUACUGGGGAGCAAGCAAUAGGAAGUAGCCACAAUUUGACACUGUUGGAUGAUGAGGACAAUUGUGAAGAUGAUGGUAAUGAUGUUCUGGAGGGUUUUGAUGAUCAUCAUCUUGAUGAGGAAGGCUCCACACCUGGCAAUCCUAGUACUCCAAUUCAUGAUAAGCACAACUUGGAUAGGACUCCGAAUACCAAGAGAAGAAGAAAGAGUGGCCAGUACAAUUUAACCACCACUUGCAAAGCCAUUGAAGGUACAAUGGAAGAGGAAUCAAGUGUUUUGUCUAGUGGACAGUUAGCUCCAAUUGGAGCAUGCUUGAAUGAGUUUCAUAUUAAGAUAAUACGUGCAUGGAUCUAUGCUCAGAUGCUGGACAAGUGCUUGCACAUGAAAGAACCAUGUAGGGACGGUAAACAAUCGGGAGCCGAAUGGGUAAGCGAAAUUAUUCAUGGACACUCGGAUAGAAUAUACGAGGCAUUUAGGUUGGAAAGACAUGUUUUUUUGAAUCUAUGUGAUUUAAUGAUAGAAAAGGGUCGGUUGAAAGAUAGUCGGUAUAUUAAGGUAGAUGAACAACUCGGUAUCUUCUUGUUGAUGGUUGGUCAUAAGAGCUCUAUGAGAACUUUAUGCGAGAGAUUCCAACAUUCCCCGAAAACAGUUAGCAAGUAUUUUACUGUAGUGUUGAAAGCAAUGAUAAAACUUUCAAAUGAAGUCAUCAAGGCACCUUCUUUUGAGGUUGUCCCGGAGGAGAUUAUGAUGGAUCCUAACCACUCGCGCUACUUUAAGGAUCAGCCAAUGAUUGCCGAGUGCUCUCGGCCGUACUCGAGGAUCCCGAACAGAAUUUUCCUCGACCACCACCAGGAAAAUACUACGUGGUAGAUUCCGGUUAUGCAGCACUUCCGGGAUUUUUAACCCCAUUUAAAGGUGAACGAUAUCAUUUGAAUGAUUAUAGAGGUAGAGGGAGACGGGCUACAACAGCAAGAGAAAUCUUCAACCAUAAGCACUCUUCACUGCGGAACGUAAUUGAGAGAGCAUUUGGAGCACUCAAGAAACGAUUCUUUAUAUUGCAACACAUGCCUUCCUUUCCAAUUCGAAAGCAAGCCUUCAUUGUGAUUGCAUGUUGUGCUCUUCAUAAUUAUAUUCGCGACCAAGAUAGGAUGGAUAGAAACUUUUCCGAGUAUGGCGAUCCUAACUACGUAUAUGGGUCUACGUAAGAAGAGGUUGUUGAUGAUAUAUCGGAUGUGCG